GCACAUAGCCGCUUGACUUCUGUCAACAAGCCCAAAACGCUGCUUCAGUUAGAAAAAAACUGUAGCGAGGUUGACCAUUAGUCUAAUAUUUCAGACAGGAGGAUGAAACUGCUGCUGACAGUAUUAAAAGGAAUCCAUAAACCAGCUGUUUACUCCAGUCACCACCGUUGUCUGAGCUCCUGUGCCAGCGGCGGCCUGUUACCUCACAGUGAUGAACCUCUGAUCGUCGGGUCAAGCCGGGAGCUCGUGCAGAGACUGGGCUCGCAGGUGGAGGUGAGGACGGCCUUCAUCACAGAGGAGGAGGAGCGGGCCUUUCUGCGAGAGCUGGAGCCUGGCCUGAAGAAGAAACGCUACGAGUUCGACCAUUGGGACGAUGCUAUUCACGGGUACCGAGAGACCGAGCGUGUGAGUUGGGGGGCGGCGUGCGAGGAGGUCCUGAAUCGCGUCCGAUCUGCAGCGUUUCCUGAGGGUAGUCCACUCCUCGGGCCUGUGCACAUUCUAGACCUGGACAAGACCGGCUACAUCAAGCCUCACAUUGACAGUGUCAAGUUCUGUGGUAGCACGAUUGCUGGAUUGAGUCUUCUGUCAGACAGUAUCAUGCGCUUGGUGAAGGAGGAUGCGGCCAAUGAGUGGCUGGACCUGCUGCUGCCCCGACACUCCCUCUAUAUACUGAGGGACCAGGCCAGAUAUAACUUCACUCACGAGAUCCUGAAAGACGAGGAGUCUGUGUUCAACGGACAGAAAGUGCCUCGACAGCGCCGCAUCUCUGUCAUCUGUCGGAACCUUCCGGGCUAAAACCUACUCAGCUUGGAUUUUAACAGAACAUAACCUGUAUAUAGGGGGUUGUGUCUGUGAUCUCUGUUAAUAUAUUAAAGCUGAUAUUCCUAAUGUUUUAUUUUUUUGAUUAAUAUAUUGUUAUAUACAUCUAUGAUGAAGUGUUCAGGACAUUCAUUGUCACAGUCAGUAAUAUUAAAAUGAUCUGUUUGUCUGAGCCUGUUAUUAUCAGACUUUGUUUAUCGGAGCAUCUAUAAAGUUUUGCAGUGGCUGAUUUAAAUGAACAGCAUGUUUCUGCACAACCCUUCACAACAACUGUGCCAUCCUGGUUGUAGUUUGAGCGUCAUUUCAGUUAUCAUUCACUGCCGGAAAGGAUGUCACCUUUAACUGCGUGAAACGCUUGUUUGUACAUAUGUUGGUUUCACAAUAAAAGUAAGAGAGGGUCCUUUGAAUCUGGAUCCCG